AUGCCUAUUGUUACACCUAGUCAAAUCACUAAUGAAAAAGCUACUGUUAAUGUAUCACCCGCAUGGUUCCAACCAGUGAAACCUAUACCUCUGGAAAAAAUCCAUUUUCCUGCUAAUUAUAACAAAAAUUCUUCAGCGGAUGUCAGUACAUACGAAUGCUUGUCUAUGUAUCGAUUCAUAGUCAAGAAUACCGACAAUGUUGAUUUUGUUGUUGAACCAUUUUUACCUGAUGUGGGAAAUACUGAAACACUUGUAGUAGUUCUGAACAAACUUGCUCAUCAACUUGGUGCUUAA